AAGGAGCAUUCAAGUAACUAAAACGCCCCGCAUCUAUCGUUCCUUUCGGAUUUGCGGCCGCAAAGGGAUUUUUGCUAAUGUGCAUCUAAGACCGAAUAUUUUUUCACUUGCUCCUUUGUGGACUCUAAAAAUGGGAAGAUUAGACACACUGAGAGAAUUUAAUUUAUUGUCAUGGAUGAGAGAGGAAAGACAAUCGAGGAAGUUGAUCCUGGUCAUCGUUUUCAUCGCCUUGCUGCUGGAUAAUAUGCUUCUAACGGUGGUCGUCCCCAUCAUCCCUAGCUACCUAUACACAAUUGAUGAUGCAGCAGCCAACAUGGCCAAGAAUCACACUACGGCCUCCCCACACACCCCUUCUGGAACCUUCCAGACCAUCGUGUCCCUCUAUGACAACUCUGUCAGGGUAACCAGCGGGGACCCAAUGGACUCCACACCCAUACCCUUGGGUCAGACGCAGGGGGUCUCUUCUUCCACCUCGGCUCUCACACCCCACAACUCCACACAGCCCGACUGCCCCAAAGCAGACGACCAGCUGCUCAAUGAGAAUGUGAAAGUGGGACUACUCUUUGCCUCCAAGGCCACUGUACAGCUCAUCACCAACCCCUUCAUUGGGCCUCUCACCAACAGAAUAGGAUACCAGAUCCCCAUGUUUGCCGGGUUCUGUAUUAUGUUCCUGUCAACCAUCAUGUUCGCCUUCUCAUCGAGCUACACUCUGCUGUUUCUGGCCAGAUCCAUGCAGGGUGUGGGCUCCUCCUGCUCCUCUGUGGCUGGGAUGGGGAUGCUUGCCAGUGUGUACACAGAUGAUGAGGAGAGGGGAAAUGCCAUUGGGAUAGCCCUCGGUGGUCUCGCCAUGGGUGUGCUGGUGGGCCCACCAUUUGGCAGUGUCAUGUAUGAGUUUGUGGGGAAAACGGCACCUUUCCUCAUUCUGGCUGUUCUGGCUGUGCUGGAUGGAGCACUGCAACUGUUCAUUCUCCAGCCCUCAAAGGUGGAACCAGAGAGCCAGAAAGGGUCUUCGCUAUGGAGUCUUAUGAAAGAUCCAUACAUACUCAUUGCUGCAGGAUCCAUUUGUUUUGCGAACAUGGCCAUCGCCAUGUUAGAACCAGCGUUGCCUAUUUGGAUGAUGGAGACCAUGUGUCCAAGAAAAUGGCAGCUAGGCAUUGCCUUCGUGCCAGCCAGCAUCUCUUACCUUAUUGGAACCAACAUCUUUGGCGUCCUCGCACACAAGAUGGGGAGAUGGCUGUGCGCUCUCAUCGGAAUGGUACUCGUGGGGGUUAGCAUCCUCUGUGUUCCUUUUGCUAAGGACAUCUACGGACUAAUACUUCCGAAUUUCGGUGUUGGUUUUGCAAUUGGCAUGGUGGAUUCCUCUAUGAUGCCAAUCAUGGGCUACUUAGUGGACCUGAGACACGUGUCAGUCUAUGGCACUGUGUAUGCCAUUGCUGAUGUGGCAUUCUGCAUGGGCUUUGCUUUAGGUCCAUCCGCUGGGGGCGCCAUAGCGAAGAGCAUUGGGUUCUCCUGGCUCAUGACCAUCAUUGGCGUCGUGGACAUCCUCUUCGCUCCCCUCUGUUACUUCCUCAGGAGUCCUCCUGGGAGGGAGGAGAAAAUGGCCAUCUUGAUGGACUCCAACUGCGCAAUGAAGACCCGAUCAUACUCAACACAAGGGAACACAGAGUACGAAGAGAUGGAGACAGAGUAUGAUGAGUAGUAAUGGACACCAGACAGGUAUGUUACCUUCCAGAGGAUCUAUUUUGUUGUACAAAAACAGAGAUAAAAAUUGAAAAUACAAAAAAAAAACAGCUAAGCUGUUUCGAUGUGAAUGUCCUCCGUGCGGUCGGUCUUCACUGUUCUAUGUCAUUGUGAUCGUACGACUGGAGCAAACCAAAGUUGUUCUCAUCCCCCUGUGGUCACAAGCACGUUGCUUGUGUUUAUUUUUAGCCAACAGCCUUAUCCAAUGGAAGUGGAACACAUGUCAAAACAGGGUUUUCAUAGGCCGUAAUAGUAGAAUGUUGUGAGUCAUAUUUACUGGAUAGUUCAGCUGACAGUGAUCUUAUAGAUCACCAAAUUGUGUACUGUAGGUUAGCAAGGAGUACAAACCUGUCUUAAUAAUUCACCUUUUGCCCAUUAACAGUCUUCAUCAACAUAUCUAAUACAGAAAUAUGAAACAAAUGGGGGUAGAGAGUUACUUCUAUCUGUGUAGAAACUGACUUUGGAUCAGAUUCAACAUCUCGAACAAGGCACUAUGAGAACACUGCUUUAGUGUUUGUCAUUCUAUUUGUUGAUUAUAAUUAUAUUAUGAUGAGAUGGUAAAUGAUUUAGAUAUAAAGUAUUACUUAGUCUAUACAAGUUACUCAAUACAUUUGGAAUGAGAAUGUGUUAACUGCUUUGGACAAGGCAAAUCACAAUGUAUGGGUUACAUUUUACCUUGAAAUUAGCCUUUUUUUUCAUUGAUCCUACAAACAUGUUUUUACGUUGACAUUCGAAUUGAGGAAAUACCUGAACUGAAACCUUUGACGUCAUAGAAAGUUAUAUCCCCAGAAUCCAGUGUUGUCCUGGGUUGACUGCUUAUGGCUAUUUGCAUGAUAUACCACAUAAAAAACACAGCAUCACUCCAAUAUCAUCCUCAGUUUCACCUUCCACAUAAAAAAAAUCAUUAAUGAAACACAUUUAAAAAAAAAACAUAUUUUGCUUUUUUUAUUUCUACAUUUUGGAGCCAUUUGAAUGUGUGGAAAUGUAAGACUUAUAUUUGAGUGAUUUUUGAAUACAGAUAAUAGAUCUUUGAUCUUUCCGUUUACCCUCAGCUCCAUUUACAGACAAUUAGAAACAUCGUAUAGGCUUUUCUUAGUGUGUUUGUGUCAAUAAAAUGUUUAGGUAGAUGAUGUGUAACUAAGAUUCUUUUAACUUUCCCUAUUGAUAUGACAAGCCAUAAAAUAUACUGUGGUGAAAAGUAAACACAUACGGACACAGCUUUAGUUAGUUGUCUCUGUUUAAACAUCACCUUAAGGAGAGGAGAAAUUCCAGAAGCACUUUAUCAGAGUAGAUAUCCACACUGUUUAACUCCAAGGACAGUUCUAGUAUGUUAAUGUUGGUUUAGCAGAGAGAGAAUAUUGAGGUGAUCAGUCUGUUUGGUCAUGUUGUCUGUUAGUAAGAAAACACUCUCAAAGUUUUAUCAAAGAUACGUGCACUGAUUAUUAUUGUGUUUUAAGUACACUUUCCCAGUAGUGUUAAUUCCUAAAAUAAGUAGAAACUCAAUGUAUUUUCAAGCACUAAGGUUACAUUUUAGGUCCCAAUCUUUACCAAUUUUAAUCUUAGUUAAACUAAUCCCUUGAGAGCAUUAACUUUAUUAUAUGUGAAUUUAUUGAUCACUUCCAGGUCAUCAAAAAGUAGACUCUUUUUCUAGCUGUUUAACACACAAUACAGAAAGCACAGCAUACAUUGUUUCCAAAAUGAAAUAAGAGUUUAUUUUAUUUUCCAGCAGUGCAUGCACAUACACUGAGUAUACCAAAUAUUAGGAACAUCGUCCUUAUAUUGAGUUGAUAUCUUCCCCCUUUGCCCUCAGAACAGCUUCAAUUCGUCUGGGCAUGGACUCAACAAGGUGUCGAAAGCAUUCCACAGGGAUGCUGGCCCUUGUUGACUCCAAUGCUUCCCACAGUUGUGUCAAGUUGGCUGGAUGUUGUUUGGGUGGUGGGCCAUCCUUGAUACACAAUGGAAACUGUUGAGCGUGAAAAACCCAGUAGCGUUACAGUUCUUGACACAAACUGGUGUGCCUGGCACCUACUACCAUACCCUGUUCAAAGUCACUUAAAUCUUUUGUCUUGCCCAUUCACCCUCUGAAUGGUACAUAUACACAAUCAAUGUCUCAAGGAUUUUAAAAAGAGUCCUUCUUGAACCUGUCUCCUCCCCUUCAUCUCCACUGAUUGAAGUGGAUUUAACAGGUGACAUCAAUAAGGGAUCAUAACUUUCACCUGGAUUCAUCUGGUCAGUCUGUCACAGAAAGAGCAGGUGUUCUUAAUGUUUUGUAUACUCAGUAUACAUACACACUUAAGUCUGAGGAUUUGAUUGGCUGACUGGGUCCUGGCCUGCACAUGUCAUUAGUGAAUUUUGUGUGCAGUCAGUCACCAGUAUUAAUCCACAACACAGGGCCAUGAAGCCCCCCCCCCCUUUUCCCCACCCCCUCUCCUCUCCUAUUUGUCCUGAAGCAGAAAAUGAAAAUAGACUCAUCCACUAUUCUGCUUUUUGUCAAAAUCAUGGUGAUCUAACAGAAAAAGCCAGGCAUACAAAGCACAGCUAAUAACUGUCAAAUAUAUAUGUAAUUGUUUGGUAAAGUGCAUUUAUUACAAACCAUUAUUUGGUUCUUCAAGCAAAUCUGACAUCUAGAUAUCCUGGAAAUAUGUAAAAAUCUUUGAAAAUACUUUAAUGCCCUUGCCACAGAAAAGCACAAUAACCCAUAUUCAAAAUGUCAAAUAAGAUUGCAUUUUGAAGUAUAUGGACUGUUAUUUGCCGAACCCUGGGUUUGCUGGAUUGCAGGUCUGUUUGAAUGGACACUCGAAUGAGUUUCAUUGUAUAUUAAUGAUAUAAGCAAAAUUGUCUGUGUUGGAGUUGACAGAGAUAAUUACCUGAUAACGUCAAUAUUAGUUUCAUUAUUUUCUAAAAUGUAUAUUUAAAUUCGCCGCACCCUUAAUGAAAAUAUUUCUAUGUGAAGAUGGCUACUAUUCUGAGAGGUUGUCGUUAUUUUGCAAUACAUUGUUGGGUCAUGUAGGUUACAUAAUUGAUUAUAUAUUGUGGAGAUUAAUAUAUUUUUUGUCAUUUGUUUAGGUGCGAAAUGUAUUGCACACAUGCACAAAAAUGUGUGUGUGCUCAUGUUGGUGUGUGUGCCUUCUGACAUGUAUGUCAUUGGUUUGUGUGUAUAUCAAAUACUUACUAACUGGUACAAAAAAACUAAUGUUGACAUUUUAUAAUCUGGACGGGUUGUUUACGUGUAAAGUGUGCUGAUUGUGUAAUAUAUGUUGAUACUCAGUGGGGAUGGCAAACAAAAAUAAAUGUUGUAUA